AAGAGGUCCAGAUCGCCAUCCCAAUCAUGAAACCAACCUUGGAAAAAGUCCAACUGGCUGGACAAGCUUUGCCUCCUGGCUUCCCCGCACCUUUCCUCUUUGCUGAUGGGUUGUCGUCGGUAGAAACUCUAUUAACCAAUAUACAGGGGUUGCUGAAAGUUGCUGUAGAUAACGCCCGAGUACAGGAAAAACAGAUCCAGCAGGAAAAGAAAGAGUUAAAGAUGGAGCUGUGUCGGGAGAGGGAAUUGAGAGAGAGCCUGGAGAGGCAACUCACAGCUGAGCUACAAAGCAGAGCAACAAUUCAAAAGCGCUUGAAGAAAGAAAAGAAAGCCAAGAGGAAAUUGCAAGAAGCCCUUGAGUUUGAAUCGAAGAGGAGAGAACAAGUGGAACAGGCACUUAAGCAGGCUACAUCGGGUGACGGUCUCAGGAUGUUAAAUGACGCUGGAAUCCCAGACAUGGAAGUAGAACACAAUGGAACCCAACAUGACAGUGCAGCAAUGCAAGAAAACAGAACAUACAUCAAACCUACCAUUAUGUACUGAAGACACUUAUUAUGAAUGGG